AUGCCCACUGAGUACAGACAUUCGAGCUCAGGAUCUCUGAACAUCCCCCCACCAAGCACCAUCAAAGGCUCCGGCGGUCCGCCACCCCCAGUCGGAGGUAUGGGUCGAUUCGAGGGUCCCCGAAGCCCCCCGAGCAGACAAAAUACUUCACAUGUACCAUGCAAGUUCUUCCGCCAGGGCACAUGCCAGGCCGGUGCGGCUUGCCCGUUCAGCCACGACCUGGCGAGCCAGAACGACAACAUCUGCAAAUACUUUGCAAAGGGUAACUGUAAAUUCGGUCCCAAGUGCGCAAAUGUUCACGUCCUGCCCGAUGGCCGCCGAGUGAACUACAAGCAUGGAGGAUCGAUGGGAGGUGGACACCUGAACAUCGGAAACCGAUUGAAUACAGACGGAUAUCACAACCAACCCUCAACCUCGACGCUAUCGAACUUUAUCCGCAAUGCUGCCCCUUCGCCCUACAGCCAACCAUAUCCAGUCGCGUACCCGAACCAGGAAAACGGAUUUCCUCUGGUCGGCCGCCAGCAGAGCAUAGAUAUCAACGUACCUACGAUCGAUACCAGCUAUGCCCCUCGUCCCAUCUCCAACUACGGCUCCCCUCGCGAUGACGACCACAGCAGAUAUGGUCUUGGUCUCUCUCCGGUGGCUGGCAAGGGUCUGAGUGUUUUGGACGCCCAACUGCCGGCUUCGUUCGAUAGCAAUGGCGUUUCGUGGAUUGCGAGAAAUGGCCCUAUUGCUUCCUCUGUCCCAGCCAAGUUCGGUCUCGAGUCCCCACCCAGCUCUCUUGGAGCAGCAAAAGAUGGAAGAACGUCGGAAGCCUUGAAGAGUCUCCAUAGUUCGGCGUUCGGUGAUGAUACGAGGGAUCGAUUCAAUGGUACUCCUUCUUCACCACCUACCUACCCAGUCGAGGAAUACUUUGGAAAGAAGCCGAUGCACUCUCAGCGAUAUGCUAAGCCCAAGGUCAUGUCUUCGAGUUUGCCGAAGCCUGACUACGACUGGGACCCCAGUUUCCAAUUCGAGGAGGAUUACCUGCCAGAAGCUCUGAAUGAUCUCAUGACCCCACAGGAGAAGGCUCGACGAGGAUCAAGAACGGCUGCCGAGGAGGGUAGACCGAUUAUUAACUGCGGAACCGCCACGCCGAACAACGAAGUCAAGUUCGGUUCGCCUUCUGGGGCUAGUCCUUCCCGCUGGGGCUCUCUCUUCUCCCGCCAUCAGAAGGAAGACGAAGACCGAGCUCGACCUUCAGUAUUCGGCCAUGUUGGCUCUCCUCUCCGCAACUCAUCGCUUCAUCCAGGUGCCAGUCCCAGCUCGAGACCUAUCGCCCGACCCACCGUCUCAGGCGACUCCUCCCCCUACCUUGCCUCACCACCCCGCCAAUCCUCCAUGUCCAUCAUCUCCCAGCAACUGCAACGGACCCGCCUCUCACGAGCCGAGUCGAACGGCAGCAGCGAAUUCCCGAACCGCGUCCCCAGCAACCCUAUCAGUGGCGCCCGAGCAGUAGCCGAGCGACAAGUCAGCUCAAGUAGCAUGAGUAACAGAUUUACAACUCCAAUCGACGAGGAGCAAGGCGAUUUCAUGUUCAACCUGGAAGACGACGUCGAUGAGAGAAAGCGUGAGAAGCGAAAUAGCGGUGGUUGGAAUAUUGCCCAUGGCAAGAGUCCUCAAUUAGGUCCUAUUGGUCCCAAUGGCGCGUCAGGUAGUUCAAAUGGUGGAGUUGAGGGCGUGUUUGGGGCCCAUUAA